UAGUAAGUGGAUGCUUGGGAGAUGCUCCUCUUUCUCCUCCCUACGACUCAAACAUGCAUGUAGUUUGAUCGAUGAGAUUAUACACUGGUCGUCGUGGUGUUCCUUUAAAACAAGAGUAAAGCGUCGUUUGUUCGUUACGCGUGAAAAAAUCGAACUAAUAAAGUAAUCUUUGUGUGGAACUGUGAGGAAGAUCAGUUGGGUUGCGUCGGGCAUCGUUGUACGUUGUUACGUAUCUCAAUUCAAGAAUUAACCAAGAAUGGCAGACGUUAAGCAAGAACAUAAUAAAACUGACGAUGUGGAUGCUUAUGGAAUGGGUAAUAGUGCCGAUCCAAAAAAUAUGCAAGAAUUGACGCAAUACGUGCAGAAUUUGCUACAAAAUAUGCAGGACAAAUUUCAAGCGAUAUCCGAUCAAAUUACCGGAAGAAUAGAUGAAAUGGGAAAUAGAAUAGACGAUUUGGAGAAAAAUAUAGCAGAUCUCAUGACGCAAGCUGGAGUUGAAGGAGGUGAAAAAUAAUAUGCUAUGCAUUUUUAAAAAAGUGGAGCGACAUUUUUCGUCGAGUGAUAAUUAUUAAUAAAGGCGUUAUACCUCGUCACAAAAAGAUAACAUUUGUGUAAUUAUCAAAAUUUAUAUAUUUAUUUAUAUUCAUUUAUUCGCAAUACGAAUAAACUUGCACUUUUUUCUA